AUGGAGAUAUUCAUCCGAGACGUCCCUGGGCAAGUUACCGAGAAUGGGAUGAGGAGGCAGCUCCAGCCUUACAUUGACAAGCUCUCGAUCAAGACCUACCAUUGUCGAAAGCAGAUUCAAAAAAGAUUUGCUACAGUGACUUUCUUGCAUGUGCAGGAGGGACAAAGCUUUCUUAAGGCAUACGGCGGCCAGUUCAAGGCGCCAAACUUCUCGGGCGAGCAGCAACAACUCAGGAUACUCGGUACUCCAGUCUAUUGCACUAUCAGCGCGAAAAAAGUUAAUCAGCUGUUGUUGAAAAGCUUGGCUAAGGAAGAGAAAGAUCGGUUGACCCUAGAUGAGAAGCCAGCUACGAAAGCGAGGACUAUCUCGGGGACGACAAGAUCGUUCUCUUUCUCGUCCGUAUCGUGCGGUGUCUGGGGCUACGAAGGAUCGAAGCUUUGCUUCAUUCCAUAUUUCAGUCACAACCACCAUGGCGAGGGGGUCGCAAAAUUUGGGACCCGAAGUGUUGUCCUCACCCUUGAAUCUGGUGAGCGGCUCGACUUCUUGUACGCAAGCACAAAGAGCAUUACGACGGAGAAUGUGCCCAAGCCUUCAAUCACCUUUACUCUCUGGGAGGCACCGAGGAUUUAUCAGUCAACUUCAAAUGACCCCAUACCACAACUUGUCGCAAAAAUGGGGCAAAUGAGCUUCGGUGCACCGAAGAGUAACCAAAGAUCCAGAGUCUCGGCUCUUGGAAAGGCGCACGUUCAGACUGUGAUCAGCUGUUUCGUAUACCGAAUUGCACUUACUGCAGAGCCCGAAGAACUCCGGAAGCCUCUCCUGAAUUUACAGAGAGCGCCUGGCAUACCUCCUAUCAUCCACCAGCAAGUGGAAGUCCAUCCUCCCGAAACGUCUUUCUCUGUUCAGCUGAAGAGGCUAGAUGAAAUUCUUAGCGACACUCGAAAUAUCCCGUGGAUCCUGGCUUUUCAACUUCGAGGGCUCGUCAUGAACGGAGUCUUGACCCCAGAACAAACAAGACAGCUUAUACCUGAAGUACUGGCGAUAAUGAGGCGAAACGGUGUCACCAUUGCAGUCGCAGCUGUUCGAAAACUCGGCACCCAAAUCCCGUUUCCCGGUUUGGAGACGCAGGCUUAUCAAUUCGACACUGCAAGAUUCCAGAUGCAAUUGCAGUUCAACGCAGAUCGGGCGAAGAAGGAAGAGCUGAAGGCUCUCGUCGAUGGAAGUAUCUCGAAAUCGGAAAACCAUGCCAUGAUCCACCGCGUGACGAUAACUCCAUCGGGUUUCUAUCUCGGAGGCCCGGAAUACGAACCCAUGAAUCGAGUGCUAAGACAGUACCCAAAGCAUCACGAUUCUUUCAUCCGAGUAAGCUUCGCGGAUGAGGAUGGCGAGCCUAUCAGGUUCAAUCCAAAAGUCUCCAACGAGAAAAUUUUCCAAGACAGGUUUGGAACGUUCCUGUCAACCGGGUUCCACGUUGCAGGUCGCAAAUUCGAUUUCCUUGGAUUCUCUCACUCCUCUUUGAGAGCGCAGUCUUGCUGGUUUAUGUCGCCAUUUGCUCACAACGGCAGUCUCAUGUACGAUCGCGUACUUAUUCAACAGCUCGGCGACUUUACGAAGAUUCGAUGCCCGGCAAAGUGCGCCGCGCGAAUCGGCCAGGCCUUUUCCGAAACCCCAAUCGCCGUCCCCUUAGAGCCUGGUCUGGUUCAGCUACUGCCGGACGUCGAGCGCGGAUCCAGAGUCUUUAGCGAUGGAUGUGGUAAAAUCUCGCGAUCGAUCAUGCACAGGAUCUGGGCCGUACUUCCGGACAUGAGAAAACACCAGCCAACAUGCUUUCAAAUUCGAUACCAAGGUGCUAAGGGUAUGCUAUCGCUAGAUGACACGCUCGAAGGAGAUCAGGUUCUCAUGCGUCCAUCAAUGAUCAAGUUCGACGGGUCCCCCUCCUUUGACCUAGAACUCUGCAAUGCAUCAUAUAAGUCUUUGCCCAUGUACCUGAAUCGCCAACUUAUCAAGAUCAUGGAGGACAUAGGCGUUCCCGACCAAUGGUUCCUAGAUCUCCAAUCACAGGAAAUCGAGCGUCUCCGAAAGGCAACCACCAGCGCGUCAAAUGCCGCGAAAUUCUUGAGCUCGCACUCCAUCGGAGACCGAGUCCAUCUAUCAUGGCUGAUUCGCAAGCUAGCUCAGAUGAGCAUCGAGUUCCGCACUGAUCGAUUCCUGUGCGAUGUCCUCGAGUUAUCCGUCAUGCUAGAAGUCAAAACCUUGAAGCAUCGCGCACGAUACCCCGUGCCGGAGGGACUGACGCUAUACGGCAUCAUGGACGAGACCGGGAUCCUGGAGGAAGGUGAAAUCUACUGUACCUACCAGAGCCAGAAAGGGAAAAGAAUGGUAGUCAUCCAGGACAGAGUCCUGGUCACUCGCUCUCCUGCUCUUCAUCCCGGGGACGUGCAGCCUGUAAAAGCCGUCAACGUUCCGCGCGAUUCUCCCCUCUCGAAACUCCGUAACUGCAUCUGCUUCAGCCAGAAAGGCGACCGUGAUCUCCCCAGCAUGCUAAGUGGUGGAGACUUGGAUGGCGAUCUGUACAACAUCAUUUGGGAUCCUGGAUGCCAGAUUCGUUUCAAGAGCUUUCCGGCUGAUUAUCCCAGGCAGGAUCCCAUUGACAUUGGGAGACAGGUUUCGAGAGAAGACAUGACUAAAUUCUUUGUACAGUUUAUGGAGACGGAUCAGUUGGGAAGGAUCGCGAUGAGUCACCAGAUUCUGGCGGAUCAAAAAGAUAUGGGCACGUUUGAUGAGGACUGCAGGAUACUUGCGGAGAUGCAUUCUACUGCUGUCGACUUUUCCAAGACUGGGGUUCCGGUCGAUAUGAAGAAGAUGCCUAAGUUUACACCUAUCCGACCGGACUUCAUGUCGAUGGGAAACCACGUCCGGAUGGAGAAGAAAGAAGGGCUGCUACUCGAGGCCACUACUCUCUCAACCCAAGAUGACAACAACGACGACGACGACUUCCCUGCCUACCGAUACUACGAAAGCGACAGGAUUCUCGGAAAGCUCUACCGCGCAAUCGACGAGCACGAGGUCUUUAGCGAGAUCAAGAAAUACCGCAUGCUAUCAAGAAAGACGCCCUCCGUGCUCGACAGGGUAUGGGUCCACGUCCACAAGAAGUGCUGGAAUCUGCAAUGGGCGCAGCACGUACUCUGGGCGCAGGAGAUCCGCGAGAUGUACGAAGACAACCUCCGCAACAUAAUGUCAAGCUACAGCGAGCACCCGUCCCGGCCCAUCUCGGAACUCGAGGCCUUCAUCGGCAACAUCCUGAGCGUCACUGGCACCCAGUCCAAGAAACAGCGCGACCUGUCCGUUACCAUGAAAGAGGCGUUCGAUCGCGACGCUGGGUUCGUCGUGGACUGCAUCAUCUACGACGAGGAAGGGGAGUAUGCUGAGAAUGCACUGGAGAAGAGCAUGGCGUGUCUGUCGGUAUGUUUGGGUCAGGGGAGCGCGUUUGUACGUGCUGGGCGAGACAGUGAGGUGCUGGUUAGCUUUGGGUAUCUUGCUGCCGCUGUUUGUUUGAGGGAGAUGGAGUGCUAUUUUACGUGA